AUGUCGGGAGAUAUAUCGUCCUUUGCGUUGCUCUGGGCAAAUACUUUGCAGAAGAUACAAGAUUAUCCUCUACGUCCAGAGCACUGCGCUCAGCUUGUCGAAGCAAUCAGACUGGCGGAUAUUCCAGCCGAGUUGGAGAAGCAAAUCAAGACUCUCCAGCAGGCAGCAGACGAGCACAGCCUCAGACAGGACGACCAGCUUCAGAACAUUAUCUCCAUUCGUGCUGAGCUCGAACAAAUGACGAGCGAGAUGAAGGACGUGUUAGAUGUGCUCAAGACACACGUCCGAAGCUCUCGCAACGACAGACAGCAUCUGAUAGGUCUAAACAACGCACAUAUUGGCCGGCUUACCAAGGUCCUAGAGAAAAUAGAGACUAGUGAGCUUGAAAAGGCAAUCAAAGAUCAGCAGAAAACGAUCGAUGCUCUCCGCUCCUUUCUGGAAGACAAAGUAUCUGCCAGUCAGAAAGAAAGCAUCGAAGACAAAAGCGACGCCUCGAAAUGGCCAUCAGCGACAAUCACGGCUGCUUACGUGGCAGCUACACUUUUCUCCAGUGUCGCCUCAAUGUGCGCCACGAGAACUAUCAUGGUUCGCACAUUUCCCGACGUUACUCAAACUCGUAUCCAAGAUCUUAUUGAAUCACGAAAGAAGUAUCGAAUCUCUUCCGAAGGAAGAGUCAACGUUGACACUCCGCAAGCCUCAUCCGCUCUGUCUGAAGAAUCGGUAUCUGCUCGCAAAGCCGCCACAACAUCGGAUGGCAAUUCGCAACACGGAAGCUGGCCUGUUUUGUAUGAAAACUGGCUCUAUGAAUACAGAACGAUGGGGUCUCCUCCUGCACCACCUCGCAGGGUGACCAGCUCCCUAGCCAAGUUCUUCAGGAACCCAGGUGCGGACUCGAGAUUGUCGAAGCUUUCAGAACCAUGUCCAGUGUAUGAUCCAGUGUUUUCCGAUUCUGACGGAUCCUAG